AUGCAUGCUGAACAGCAUCAGGAGACCACUGAGGAGGAGGAGGAGGAAGAAGAAGGCAGUGGCUGUGAGCCUGAAGGGGCUUUUGGGAAGAACCCCUUCCAGCUGACGGUGGAGGAUGUCUAUGACAUGUCUUACGUCUUGGGGAGGGAACUGCACAAAAUCAGCAGCGAGCCUCGGCUGGAGGUGCCGGCCAGGGUGGCCCAGCUGCAGUUCAAGGUGGUCAGCGUCCUGGAGAUGCUGGAAGCCUUGGUGGAUGACAACAACCUGACGGUGGAAGCCCUGAAGAUGGAGAGGGACAGCCUCAAAAGAGAGGUAGAGCAGCUCCGGAAACAGGGGUCCCACAGAGCCGCAGAAGAGGUCAGCCUCGGCCCCAACAAGAUGGUCGUGGACCUGACGGACGCCAACCGGCCUCGCUUCACGCUGCAGGAGCUGAGGGAGGUGCUCCAGGAACGCAACCAGUUGAAGGCCCAGCUGAUGGUGGCGCAAGAAGAGCUGCAGUUGUACAAAAGUGGCUACAUAUCCCAGAAGCAAGAUCCAGUUGAGUCGAUCCACAGGGAACCCACUGUAGGCAGAACCUCUGGUUCAAGUACAGGAAGCGAAGAGAAAACCAUCAUAAAACGACUGUUUGCUUUUAAAAAGCCACGAUGA